CUUUAAUCGAGUAUCGAGCGUGAGAAGGGUGUAAGGCGGCGGUGUCGCGGAAAAUGCAUUUCCCGGCGGGUGCAAGGCGCAGGCGGUGCGGACGGGCGGGGGGAGGGUGCAUGCGAUGAUGGACAUCGUAUUGAUUUCUAUCUGCCCGCUCCUCCCUUAUUGUGGCGGUGCAGGGCGCGCCAUCGAUCGUUGCACCGACCCUAUGAAAUAACUCGUCGCGAUCUUGGCGGCCGCGAAUGGCCCAACAUUGUUGGACGCAUCCACUACCUAACUGCAGUGCCGUAACGUGUCUACUGACGCAAUAUAAACAAACAAACACGCAAAAGAGAAACGUAAUACUCAGCAAACGAGGCAAGUGUUAGACAAACAAGAGACAAUCAAAGGAAAAGAAGAAUAAAAGAGACCGCGAACGAAGCGGCGCAAGAGAAAAGAGAAGAGAGUAGAUUGAGCUAAAAGUGCGUUUGGUCAGUAAAGUGGCGGCGACAUUGGGCGCACGUUUGGAAUGCGCGGGAGUGGAAUCGUUUAGCGCGCGCGCACGCCCCGAUUCCGCCGUGCCGCCCUCCGAACACCCGGCCAUGGCGACCGAAACUGGCGGCGCCGCGGCCGGCGGCGAGCAGCAAUACUCGCUGCGCUGGAACGACUUCCACUCGGCGAUGGUGUCGUCGUUUCGGCGGCUGCGCGACGAGGAGGACUUCGUGGACGUCACCCUCGCCUGCGCCGGCGCCACCUUCACUGCGCACAAAGUGGUGCUAUCAGCAUGUAGUCCGUACUUCCGAAGGUUAUUGAAGGCGAAUCCAUGUCAACAUCCCAUCGUCAUCUUAAGAGACGUUCACGACAAAGAUAUGGAGAGCUUACUCAGAUUUAUGUACCAGGGGGAAGUGCAUAUCGGUCAGGAGCAAUUAAAGGAGUUCCUCAGGGCCGCGCAACUGCUUCAAGUCAGAGGUCUAACAGAUGUCCCAGCGCCGGCUCCGGUCCCCACGCUUGACCAAAAAGCAUCUCCAUCAGCGUCAUCGUGGACGGAAACGGGUAGCGGGGGCUCGCGAGAGGGACGGGAGCCCCAGCAGCGUGAGGGUAGAAGGUCACGGAGACCCGAAGAAGGAACAGCCAAUACGCCACCUCCGAAGCGGGCACGAUCAUCCGAUUUAUACCAAGCACAACUAAAAACUAGGACAGAACAGCUUCUGGCAGUGCAGGGUGGUAGUCCAGAACGAUUGGGUACAAACGGCCAUGAGUUGCCAUUCUUCAACCAGGUCCUAGACAAUGCACAGAGCCAACAUAUAUCGGCAACCUCCAACAAUUUGUCGGGUGAUGGAGAAGAGUCGUCAUCAGACGCCGGUGCUAGCGAUACUGAAGGAGAAACGAGGGCCAAACAAGAACCUUUGGACUACGACGAUCCAGCCACGAUGGCCAACACUAACGGAGCACUACCGCAUAAUUUCCCCGGACUACUUAAUUUACCAGGCUUCCCAGGACUACCAGGACCGUCAGGAUUACCAGACAAUUACGGCUGCCGAAGAAACCAGGAUUUGUUGAGAGUUAGAGCAACGGACCCGCGACCCUGUCCGAAAUGCGGGAAGAUCUAUCGGUCAGCUCACACUUUGAGGACUCAUCUUGAAGAUAAGCAUACCGUCUGCCCAGGCUACCGGUGCGUGCUGUGCGGCACAGUGGCGAAGUCCCGCAACUCGCUGCAUUCACAUAUGUCGCGGCAACACCGCGGCAUCUCCACCAAGGACCUGCCCGUGCUGCAAAUGCCGACGAGGUUCGACCCGGAACUUGCUAGCCAACUCCUUGCUAAAGCGGGUGUGAAGGUAUCUCCGGAGCAACUACGAGCGCGCGCCUCCCCCACCGGGCCGCGGCGCUCCGACAUCAAGCUGGACGCUAAGUCCGCCGCUUCAGAGAGCAGUUCCGUCUGCGGUGACAAUGAUAACGAUGAUCUCAGCCAGUCCAGAUACCAGGACAGCAUACCGGUGUCACCACCACAUAUAAACAAUUUGGCCAAUACAACCAUCACAAAAGUGCCAGCAGUGCGAGCGGUUACAGCCAAAACCGUGGAAAAUCACCCUCACGGAAUGAGCACGAUUAUGAAACACGAUGACUAUCCACCAGGGUACGGUGGCUCCGCUAUUUUCGACAGCUACAUGCAAUAUUUGGGCGAAAAUAUCUUCGGAAUGAACGCGGCAAAAUUAGCGCAAAUGACGUCAAUGCAUAUGGACAGAAAAACAUACGACGAGCCCUCCCCACAAAUGGGAUCACUGCCGCCAAAUCCGACUAGCCUUGUUCACCAGCGUUAUCUGAAGCAAAUACAAAGGCAGUACACCGACUCUAUGAACAAACCGGACAUCAUGCGCAACUCUGAUGAACCGCUGGACCUAGGGAAGGAGAGGCAAAGGAACGAUAGUAUUAGCGAAAUGGACAGCGAUAAGCAAGAGAUGACAGAUAAGGAGAACAGCAAAGAUUUUCAAGACGACGACAGGAACAGAGUGAACAGUUCCGAGCAGGAACAGGAGCACAGCGGUCAGGAAGAAGGCGACUACUCCGACGACGAACAGAAGAACGCGUCUUCAUGAAAUGACCGUGCGCUU